CGUCAGGGCGGAAACACACGAGCAGGCGCGCAAAGGGCAGACCUCGGGGUCCUCGCACGCAUGGCGGCCCUGUGGAGGUGCUCGGCUAGGAGAAGUGGCCUGGUAUCCCUCACGUGUAGUCGGGGCUUAGCAGCCAUUCAUUUUGAUUAUGACUUGAUUGUGAUUGGCGGAGGCUCUGGCGGUCUGGCAUGUGCCAAAGAAGCUGCCCAAUGUGGAAGGAGAGUUGCGGUAUUUGAUUAUGUAGACCCAUCACCCCAAGGAACCAAAUGGGGUAUUGGAGGGACAUGUGUGAAUGUUGGCUGCAUUCCGAAAAAGCUGAUGCAUCAUGCAGCACUGUUAGGAGGUGCCUUGAAAGAUGCCCCCCAUUACGGCUGGCAUAUGCCGCAUCCAGCACAACAUGACUGGAGUAAAAUGGCACAGUCUGUUCAAAAUUAUGUGAAAUCACUGAAUUGGGGCCACCGAGUACAGUUGCAGGACAAGAAAGUGAAAUACUUUAACUUGAGGGCCAGUCUUGUUGAUGAGCACACUGUGCAUGCAGUAGCAAACAAUGGAAAGGAGACAGUAGUGACUGCGAACAACAUAGUCCUGGCAACAGGAGGAAGACCAAAAUAUCCUACACAGAUUCCUGGUGCAUUGGAAUAUGGCAUUACAAGUGAUGAUCUCUUUUGGCUGAAGAAAUCACCUGGGAAAACAUUGGUGGUUGGAGCCAGCUAUGUUUCAUUGGAGUGUGCAGGGUUCUUGACGGGCAUUGGACUGGAGACCAGUGCAAUGGUGAGAAGCAUUCCCCUGAGAGGGUUUGAUCAGCAAAUGGCUACUCUAGUGACAGAUUACAUGGAAUCAUAUGGGACAAGGUUCUUGAGGAAAUGUGUUCCAUCUAGAGUUACAAAGCUGGAGAAUGGGAAGCUUCAGGUAACUUGGAAAAACACAGAUUCUGGUCAAGAAGAAUUGGACACGUUUGACACUGUUCUGUGGGCUGUAGGUCGUGCCCCUGAUACAAAGUCUCUGAAUUUAGACAAGGUUGGUGUCAUUGUUGAACCAGAGUCUGGGAAAAUCAUUGUGGAUGAUUCAGAAGCCACAUCAGUCCCCAAUAUAUAUGCUAUUGGUGACAUCACUGAGGGUCGCCCGGAGCUGACGCCAACAGCCAUUGCUGCUGGAAAGCUUUUGGCGCGUCGCUUGUUCAGGCAUUCCAGUGAACUAAUGGAUUAUGACAGUGUUCCCACCACUGUAUUCACACCUCUGGAAUAUGGGUGCGUAGGUCUGUCUGAAGAAAAAGCCAUAGAAAUACAUGGAGAGGAUGCUAUUGAGGUCUUCCAUGCAUUUUACAAACCUUUGGAGUUUACACUUCCUGGAAGAGAUGCAUCUCAAUGUUAUAUUAAGAUGAUUUGUCUUAAGGGGUCACAGCAAAGAAUUGUGGGUCUUCACUUCAUUGGGCCAAAUGCUGGAGAAGUCAUCCAAGGAUUUGCCCUCGGAAUAAAGUGUGGAGCCACCUAUCCUCAGCUGAUGAGUACAGUGGGCAUACAUCCUACAUGUGCUGAGGAAGUGACCAAACUGCACAUUACAAAACGUUCAGGACUGGACCCCACAGUCACUGGUUGCUGAGGUUAAUUACCAUCUCUGGAAAGGAACCAUCUGUCUGCAUGGAAGCUGGAGAACUAUCAGCAUGUUUCUUGCAUAUACAUGUUACAUUUCCCUGGGAUAGAUACAUUGUAAGAAGCCUUUGCCAGCAGUAAUUUAUAUGUAUUAUAUUCACCACAGAAAACAUUCCUGUUGUCAGAUACUGUAUCAGGUGCCAAGGAGUUAAUAAGACCGAAAUCUUCUGUGAUAUAGUCGAAUACUCCUAACAUCCAGGAGGUGGAACUGCAGACCAGAAGAUGCUGGAGUCACAGUGACAUCAUGUAGCUGUACAUACACAAUGAAGAUAUUUAAAGCAGAAAUAAGUUUUGGUGACUGAACAGUUCCGAAGAAUGCUGUGCAACAACUGUGGCAUUAGACAUGGACAUUCUUACAAUACCAAAGAAUGCCAAGUGCACACUUAAAUAUCUAUAUCUGUAUAUUUAUGGGUAAAUAAUGAUGCUGUGCAUGCUGAUGGGAUCCUGCUCCAUGCAGGCAAUGCUGUGAUGUCUUCUUUCAGAGAUGGUCAAAUUAUCAAAUCUUCUCAAACAGAAACAGAUUAUGAUACUAGAGAAUGACGGGUUGUGUAUAAACUCACUCGCUGAGAUGCACUGGCCAGAGGAUCUGCUGGUUUCUUUGUUUUAUCUGUUUAAUGAUUAAUAAAAAAAAAAUGCUUUUGUCCCAGUA